AUGACUCUCAGCGUCCUGACUGACAACGAUGUCAAGGACAUCCUCCUCAGCCUAACCACCGAGGAUGCCAAUGUGCUGCAAGCGAACCUUUCGGAAGCGCUUCAUUCCUAUUCUACGGGCGACACCAAUUCGCCCUGUUGCUCCUCUUACCAGCCCUUGCGCACCGUGGUCAAGAAGCAUGGCGUCACUACUUUGUUCAUGCCGGCCACCACCGGUGACGCGAUCGGCAUGAAGGUCGUCUCCCUCGAAGCGCCUGAGACACCAGAGAAGAAAGGAAGCGUUUCCUCGCGCUCGACGGAUUCCUCCGUCAAGUCCGUGGGCUCUAAUUUGUCGGGCAUGACUCUUUCUCCGUCAAGCACCGUCUCCUCGGCCGACUCUACAACGGGCUCUUCCUUCCAGGCGCCGCCCUCAAUGGCUAGCACGCAGUCCACCACGCCGAGAGGCACGGUCACGAUGAUGGAUGCGCAAGGCAAUCCUAUUGGCAUCCUGAACGCGGAGGAGCUCACGGCUUUCCGCACCGCCCUCGCCGCCACCAUUCUGUUUCAGAAGCGCGAGCACGUUCACACGAUUACGGUGUUUGGCGCGGGCAAGCAGGCGUACUGGCAUAUUCGCCUGGCCCUCAUGUUCAAAGGCGAUCAGAUCAAGCACGUCAACAUCAUCAACCGGUCCCUGGAGCGCAGCCUCAAGCUCAUGAAGUCGUUCCAGCCGACGGAAGGCCAGACGCUUCCGUGGCGAUCAGACGUCAAGUUCUCAGCCCUGUCACCCGAGUUUGGCGAGUAUGGCCGACUACUCAAAGAACAGAUCCGCAAAGCGGACGCCAUCUUCUGCUGCACGCCAUCGUUGGAGCCGCUGUUCCCGCCGGAGUUCCUGACCAGUCACAACGGGCAGAAAAAGGGCCGGUAUAUCAGCGCUAUCGGGAGCUAUGCGCCGCACAUGACGGAGCUGCAUCCCGAUAUCUUCAAGCACGCGACGAACAUUGACAAGGAGCACCAGCACCACCCACACCCGCAUUUCAAACAGGCGAAGAAAUCUGGCGUGGUCAUUGUGGAUACGCUGGAAGGCUGUCUCAAGGAGGCGGGGGAAGUCAUCCAGGCCAAGCUGAAACCGGAGCAUCUCGUGGAGGUGGGAGAGUUGAUGAUGAUCAAAAAGAGUGUAACGCGGGAGAUGGAGCUGGGUGGGGAGGGAGAGAAGGAGUUGAAGGAUUGGUUGAUCAGAGGCAACGUCCUUUACAAGAGCGUCGGAUUGGGUCUCAUGGACUUGACGGUAGGUACGGAUUUGAUCAGGUUGGCGAGGGAAAGGGGCGUGGGUGUGCACGUUGAGGAUUUCUGA